AUGACUUGGAGGCUUCAUCUAGUUUUGAUCUUCUCCUGCGUUCAUCUAGUUUCCCUGUCAGAUCAACAAGAAACCGGGUUUGUUUACAAUGGUUUCCGUCAAGCAGAUCUUUAUACUGACGGAGUCGCUAGAAUCCUUCCUGAUGGGCUUUUGCAGUUGACAAAUGCUUCAGAGUUUCAAAUGGGUCAUGCUUUCUUCAAGCUGCCAUUUGAUUUUAAACCAUCUGAUACCAUUGCCUUCUAUACGCAUUUUGUGUGUGCGUUGGUGCCUCUUCAGUUGGGAACUAGUGGUGGACAUGGGAUGGCUUUUGUUGUAUCUCCUUCCAUGGAUCUCUCUCAUGCACUUCAAGCUCAGUACUUGGGCGUCUUCAGCAGCUCCACAAAUGGAACUUCCUUUCCUCAGCUGAUAGCUAUUGAGCUUGAUACUAUUGAGUCAUUAGGAAUUGAUGAGCUGGAAAAGCCUCAUGUUGGGAUUGAUGUGAACAGCCCAAUAUCUAUUGAUUCUAAUCUCCCGUCUUACUUUUCCAAGGUCUUAGGUAAGAAUGAAAGCAUAAAUCUCCUGAGUGGGCUGCCUAUCCAGGUUUGGGUGGAUUAUGAUGGAUCAUCUCUUAAUGUUUCUCUAGCCCCUGUACAAGUACAGAAACCAGAUCAGCCUCUUAUGUCAAGGGCCAUCAAUCUUUCAAAAUACUUUCAAGAUAAAAUGUUUGUUGGGUUCUCUGCAGCAACAGGGCAAUUGACUAGUAACCAAUAUAUACUUGGUUGGAGUUUCAGCAGAAGCCAAGAAUUAUUACAGACCCUGAACCUCUCUAAGCUCCCUAAGGCUCCUCUUCCUAGAGAUGAACAGCCUCCUCUUCUGUCUCCACCGCUGAUUGGUUUGGUCAUCUUAUCGGUGAUCUUAGUGCUGUUGGUUCUUGGAGUAGUUUAUUGGUACAGGAGAAACAAGUACGCAGAAGUAAGAGAAUCAUGGGAAAAGGAAUAUGGUCCACAUAGAUUCUCCUACAAGUCUUUGUACAAAGCAACAAAUGGGUUUGGGAAAGAUUAUUGUGUUGGGAAAGGUGGAUUUGGAGAUGUAUACAAAGGAGUUCUGCCCCUAAAAUCAAGGCCUUCCAUGGGACAAGUAGUGCAAUACCUAAACCUGGAUCUAUUUUUGCCAGAUUUCUCGCUGAAUAGUCCAGGUAUUGGAGCGUUUAUGCCAGUGUCAAUGGAAGCAUCAUCUACCAUUAGUGCAUCCAAUUCAAGGAGCACAUCAAUACCCAUGUUUGUUACUCAUACGAUCCUGGGAGGGAAUGGAAGAUAA